GUUGGCUGAGAGUCCAGAGCGAGCACUGAGUGAUUAGAGGAGAGACGGAUAUCAGCACACGCGUGGGGCUUUUCCUUCCCUUGUGUGUAGGUGAGUUCUCUGUUACGGGCCAUUUUUUCUUGCCUGAUAAUUUAGAAGGGGAGGAAAACAGAUUUCUCCUGGGCACCCUUGAGGUAUGUUGUUAACUGUCAGUGUGGGAAGCUUUCAUAGGUGUUUGAAAUCUGCUCCCUGCAGACUCGGUUCUCAAGGCGCUUGUAGUAGAGCGGAGUUUAUCCCACACAGUGGUACCACCAAUGAAUUAUCUCAUGUUAACUCACCCUCCCUGCGUAUUCAAGGCGUGUUAUACUGAGUCCCAGCACAGACAUUGUCUAUGAAAGGCACCCUCAGGUCCAAGCUCCAAAACUGGCCGUGGUGGCGGAGUGAUGGCUACAACUUCCUGGCAACAUGAAUGACUUGAAUUGUUCAUCUUUCACAUUUUAAAGCAACGCUGCCUUUGCUGGCAGGAAUUCCUGCCUCAUUUAGUCAUAGUUAUGUUAUUUCUGUAGCCAUGUCUUCUCUGUCGCAUGUCAUCCCCACCAAAGAUCCAGGUCAUUUGUUCCACCAGCCAUUCAACUUUGUUUCAGGGGCCAACAUGAUUUCCUUGGUGACUGGUCUGAGUCGGAUAAUCAUUCCCAUGAUCGUCCUAUCGCACUUCUCAGCAUGUCAUCCAUCCCUGGAGAGGACUGAGAGACACGCUGACGGGCUCUUCCACAGUGAGCUCAGCAAGAUGAAUGACAACGCUUACGUGCAGCAGCUAGUGAAGCAUCUGGUGGGCCUCAAGGAGAGAACUCAGAGACACUCAGAUGGGCUGUUCACCAGCGAGUACAGCAAGAUGAGAGGAAAUGCUCAGGUUCAGAAGUUUAUCAAAAACCUCAUGGGCCGCAAGCGCAGCAGCAACCCAGGCCCGCUCAAAACAGAUGUGCAGGAGAAGGAGAAAGAAAACAGCAAUGAGGACCUUUGCUACAUGUGGCUGUACCAGAGCUUUCUGAACAGCAGCCACUCAGACAGCGAUGCCAAGGAAGCUGCUGCAAUUACCAGCCAGUACGUUUGCCCCCCCUGCAGCUGCAGAUGUGAAGGAAGAGAGGUGUUUUUUGACAGCAGGUGAAAGGAAAACCAAUGUUCUGUCAGAACCAACCGAGGAGAUGAUUUUGCAUGUAAAGAACCUUGAAAAUAAAGACAAAAGAUGUUGGAUUUUGCUUUGGAAAAAAACUCUUGAGAUCAGCAAAUAAGAUAAAAGAAAAUUCUGGAAAGCAGCUAAAUGAGAUAAAACAAAAUAAAUAAAAACCCAACCAACAACAAUAAAACCUCUUAGACAAGAUUAAAAUGCGUGUUGGUGUGAAGUUGUGUCAAUAGGUGGAGCUUGUGCAAAGACAAAGCUCUGCUGGAAGGAAUUUGUUCCCAUCAUUUAAACAGAACCAUGUGUUCUGUUUUUUUGUCCAUACAAGUGGCCAAAUGCCUUGCCAUGUGCUGUUAGGCUUGGAAGAAUUUACACAGGCUCAGAUAGAGGUAGGACAAGAGAAUAUAAUGGCACACUAUU